AUUACGUUUCACUCCGGCCAUAACAUUAAUAAAAUAUAAGUCAUAUUUAGGUCCCUUACCAGUUGCAAUCAGUCUAUUAAACUAUCAGUUGCUUACUACAUUUACGGCUUGUAUAACCAAGAUAUUUUUUAAUAGUUUUUUCAUUGUAGCUAUUAUUUUAUAAUAAUUCUAAUAACAAGUAAUUGUAAAAAUGGUUCAAGCCUGGUAUAUGGACGACACUGAUAGCGAUCAACGUUUAGAUCAUCAUAGACAACCUCCAAAGUAUCUUUCUUUGUCUGAAUUAUUCAAACGCACUGGAGUGGAACAUUUCAAGAUCAAUCCACAAAAUUACGGAUCAGAUAAAAUAUUACAAGAGUUAAGGUCAAAGCGUGGAUAUUCUUAUGAAGAUGAGAUUGUGUGUUCAGAAGAAUGCUUGCAGGAUUAUAAUAAUAAACUGAAAACUUUUUUUACGGAACAUCUACAUACUGAUGAAGAGAUUCGAUUAGUAUUAGAAGGAUCAGGAUACUUUGAUGUUCGAGAUAAAAAUGAUGAAUGGAUACGAAUCGAAGUUCAAUCAGGAGAUUUGAUAAUUAUUCCUAGCGGGAUAUAUCAUCGAUUUACGUUGGAUAUGAAUAACUACAUAAAAGCGAAACGUUAUUUUGUUGGUGAACCAAUAUGGCUACCUUAUAACAGACCAGCUGAUGAAGUGGAAUGCCGUCAAAUAUAUUUAGAGCGUUUAAAAAAUAAUUUUAAUGCUGUUAUAUAAGACACUAGUCUAAACAAAAAUAAUUCCAAAAAUCCAA